AUAGUUACUCGUACUGAGCGGAUUACAGACGAGGGACGAGGAUCGUCAAAUGUUAGACAUGAACUAAGUUUAAAAAUGCCUCAGCCUCAUCCUUUGGUUUUCCUCGAAUUUGCUUCAUGUACUCGUAGAGAAUUACCCCUGAUAUCAUCCUGACAUUUUCAGAAAGGCCAAUGAACCUUGAAGAAGCGCCCUGGAAACAACCAACGGAUUAUCAUUCUUAUUCCAAUAUGAGAAUAUGCGGGUACGUGGACAUGUUGUGUUGCGUAGUGACGACGAUUUCCAACACUUUGAUCAUCACUGUGUUCACAAGAAGUACCAUGGUAUCACCUAUGAACACAAUCUUCAUUCACAUCGCCAUCACCGAAUCACUGGCCAUCCUUAGCUUCAUACCUCGCUCAUGGCACGAAUAUUUUCAAGUAGAACCGUGUUCAAUCCAUAUUUACCGAACAUACAAAUGGGAGAAUUUCGCUCUUCAUUCGUACCUGCUCGCAUUUGCAUUUCGCCACAUGGUUGUUUGGCUUACGGUGAUGCUGGGAGUAUGGCGAUACAUAGCAAUAGUACAUCCGCUGAAGAAGAGUCAAUGGUGCGACAUGCGCACUACGCGAAAACUGAUAAUCGCAGGGUACAUUUUUGGAUUUUUAAUCACAAUACCUAUUUACUUCUACAUAGCGGUUCAACCAUUCCGCAUACAACUCGAUGAAAAUGGGUGUUUACCCUCGAAUUCAACCACUAGCAAUAAAACCAUUAACACCACCAUAUACGAAUUCAGCGUGCCACUUGAGAAAUUUCCUUUUUUAUACUCAUUCUCCUUCAUCGGCUACGCGGUUUUAAUUAAAACUGUGCCUGCACUUGUCUUAAUUGUGAUCAGCUACAAGUUAAUCUUUGCCCUAAUCGAAGCACGAAAACGUCGAGCAGGAAUGGUUGCCAAUUUGAAUCGAAAACACUUGCAAAAUCAAACGGAUCGGACAACGAUAAUUCUGUUACUCAUAUUGGCAUUAUUCAUAGCAACAGAACUUAAUCACGGAAUAUUCGGCACAUUGACGGGAAUCUUGGGUCCAACAUUUUUUUGGGGGUACUUUUACUACACAAUGGAGAUAGCAAAUACUUUUGCGCAUAUUUCCCAGAGUUUAAAUUUCGUGUUCUAUUAUGCGAUGAGCGAACAAUUCAGGAAAACUUUCAAUUCAUUAUUUAAACGAAAUGGCAAUAAAUCGUCACACGAUGGACAUCGUAUCAGAGGUAUUACUGAGAUAGAGCAACUUAUCUAG